GGUGCGUGGGAUGCCGUCAUUUAAGGAUAAAGGCUGCGGAGCUCUCAGAUAAUACGAGUUAAUUCUAGUGAAGCAUUUCUACACCAUUACAGACGGAAAUUAAGCUCCCUGCCCGUUUCUUCAUUUCUGCGUCGUGACAGUUGUGUCAGUAGUUAUUUUGUGGUGGAAGAAAGGAACAUGCUGGAUUGUUCACGGCUGUAGAGCCUCGGAUCACGCUGCUGAGUGCGCGUUCCUGCUUUUUGCGGAAUACAUGACAGGUGACUUUAUGCUGAAGAGCAACGACUCCUCCAGGAUGAAACUGUGGACUUUGCUUGUCAUUAUCCCGGUGUGCGCAUCCUCCCCCCUUUCAGCCGAAACGUCUAAACCCAAAGGUCCAGCUGCGGAGAGCCGCUGUUCCGGCCGAGCCUGCAACCCCCGCAUGGGCAACCUGGCCCAGGGUAGAGUGCUGAGCACCCAUUCGGUCUGCGGCUCCAACUCCUCGGAGCUUUACUGCUUCUACAAACAGGCUGCUGCGCCCCGCAUCAGGGAGUCCUGCUCGGCGGCAAAAUGCAGCAAGUGCAACUCUGCCAUACCCGGCCAGGCGCACCCUCCCUCUGCCAUGAGCGACUCCUCUUUCCGCUACCCUGACACUUGGUGGCAGUCUGCAGAAGGGGCGGAGGAGGAGACGCUCCAGCUCGACCUGGAGACGGAGUUCCUCCUCACCCACCUCAUCCUGGUUUUCCGCUCACCCCGCCCCGCUGGCAUGGUGCUGGAGCGCUCCCAGGACCACGGGCGCACAUGGAAGGCCCUCAGGUACUUUGCCAAGGACUGUGAGGAGGUGUUCGGCCUGGCAGAGGGGUCGCCAGUGGGGGAGAGUGGAGCAACUUGCACCUCCAAGUAUUCAGGAGCUUUCCCUUGCACCAGAGGAGAGGUGAUUUAUCGAGCCUUGUCGCCAUGGGACUCCGUGGAUCCCUACGGACCAGCCGCCCAGGACCAGCUCAUGAUCACCAACUUGAGAGUCCGUCUGCUGCAGCGCCAGGCGUGUCCCUGCCAGGCCAAACAUCCCGGUGCCGCCGUACUCCCCACAGACCAUUAUGCCAUCUAUGAUUUUAUUGUCAAAGGCAGUUGCCUUUGCAAUGGGCAUGCUGACCACUGUGUCCCAGCCAGCGGCUACCAGCCCAGCCAACAGAAGACCAGUAACAUGGUUCACGGCAAGUGUGUGUGCCGACACAACACAGCCGGUGACCACUGCGAGCGCUGUGCGCCUCUCUACAAUGACCAACCCUGGCAGGCUGCCAACGGCAUCACAGGGACGCCGCAUGAGUGCCAGAAGUGCAAGUGCAAUGGUCAUGCCAGGAGCUGUCACUUCAGUCGCGGACUGUGGCUCGCGACGGGGCGGCGGAGCGGCGGCGUGUGUGACGGCUGCCGCCACAACACAGAGGGCCGCCACUGCCAGAACUGCAAGACGGGCUUCUUCAGAGACCCCGGCCGGCCUAAAACUGCCCCUGACUCCUGCAAACCCUGCUCCUGCCACCCUGUAGGCUCUGUCCUGUCAGGGGGUAGCACUCUCUGCAACCCUAGCAGCGGGGAGUGCACUUGUAAGCCUGGUGUCGGGGGCCCCCGCUGUGACAGCUGCAUGCUGGGAUACUGGGGGCUUCAUGAAUACGGCUGCCGUCCAUGUGACUGCACAGGGGACUGUGACCCCUACACCGGCGACUGCAUUUCUGGCUCAGAUGUGGAGGUCUUCUAUACAGCCACUGGCCACAUGGGACACAGCAGCAAUAAUAGUGAGACGGCACUCUUUAGGGCAGAGGAGCUUUUCUCUGCACUGCACCACUCUGAGAAAUGUGAGUGUGUAGAAGUAACCCUUGGCAGCCCUAAACUCUUCUGUGCUGCGGAGUAUGACUAUGUGCUGGUGGUGAGGGUGAUGUCAGCUCAUGAUAGAGGCUCCCAUGCAGAGGUGGAGGUCAAGGUCAAGAAGGUCUUGCACCAGAACCCUCAGAUGAAGAUCCAGAGGGGAAGCGUCACCCUUUACCCGGAGUCCUGGACCACCCAAGGCUGUACCUGUCCCAUCCUCAAUCCAGGAUCUGAGUAUGUGGUAGCUGGUCACGAGGACUGGAAGAGUGGGCGGCUGAUGGUCAACACCAAGAGCCUGGUUAAAUCAUGGAGGCCAAGCCUGGGACGCAAAGUACUCCACAUCCUCAGAAAAGACUGUGGCCACUGGUAGAGACUCACCAAGAACUGCAGAGGGAUGGAGAGGUGGAGGGUAGUCUGUGACGUGAAGAUGAUUUGUAGGAUGUGUGACGGAGUAUGCAAAAUGAACAGAGACACUGAAUUAUGCAUUUUGCUUGGACGCUAAUAUGAAUGCAAAACCCAGCGGCUGCUUCAGGGAUUUCACUGUUUCUUCUGUUUCCAAAGUGGAGUCCGCAGCUUCGAGAAGCAGCUGCAAUGCUGCAACGCUGUGGUUGUUGUUACCCUGUGGCAGAAAUGAGCACGUACUGUAAGCAGAUACCUCGCCAGAACUACAGUCGCUUCAGAACCAAAGAGAACAAAGCAAACCAUCAAGACUUUCAUGCGCACAAAAAUAAAGUUGAUGUUGGUAUUUCAUUCCUGUGCUGCUGUAUGAUAUCAGCUCAGCUCAUAAUUCUUUCCAGGUUGUAAAGCAAUCAUGAUUGUAUGUUAAAUCCUCAUUUAUGCUUUAUUUCCUGGCCAAAGAUGCUGUCAACCAAAACACAGUCACAUCGUACUGUAUCAAUUUCACUGAGAGCUGUUUACUUUGAAAUCUUGCAAAGGCGCAGACUGAAUUAUCCUUGUCGUCUCACAGAUAUUGGCGAUAAAUUACGAAAAAGUCAACAUCAGAGCGCGUGCGUGUGAGCGUGGAUGUGUGCAUAGGCUUGAUGUCCUUGGCGGGGGAGUCUGGGACUGUGCAGGUCAGAACAAGUAACUCCUGGAUGAGGGGAGAGGAUGAAAAAAACAUUAAAGGUAUCAGGCGGCCUAAUCUGAACAGCUCGGCUCUGCUCCGGCACACUCACCCGCCUGCCGUCUGACAAGAGCAAAACACGCUCGGCUCCGCAACGGGCCAAGACACUCAGGACUGAGUUUGCCCCUGCAGCUGCUUCAAGUACAGGAGCAGAUCACCGUCGGGUUGCUUAAGUCAGACUUUAUUCUGUUAUGAUUUUCUGCUGCCCUUGUACGGCCUGCUUCCAUAUGAGGAGGAUUCACUUGAGAGGGCCUCUCUGAACCUGACCCAGUGGGAGCCUCCAUGUGUGUUUGUGUGUGUGGGAGAAAGAGAGCACACACUGUCUUAACAUAUGCAUCUCUUUUUGGCCUGUGACUCCUGCUGCCCCAAAAUAAAUAUGUAUUAAAAGCCUGGGUAUUCAUUGACAUCACAGUGUAUCACAUCCCGAGUCCACAGGCAAUGUUUGGGCCGGGUCUAGUUAAGAAUAGUCUUAGUGCGCUGUCUCCAAGGAGAAGGACAAACUCUGAGAGGAGACAUGAUGCAUUCCUCAACCAUGACAUCACCCCCCCCCCCCCCCUCCAUGUCCUUGUCCCAAAGACUUUACCAAAAUAAGAGAAAAUGGGCUGGAUUUUCUUGUAAAGGACAAAGUGUGCAUGAAUGUACUCUGCUGUCAAUGUGAUAUUUGUAAAGCUAUUUCUGUGUGUCCUAUAUGUUCUUUUUUCAUCUAAACAGCAUAAACUCCAUGUCAUUGUGCUCAUUC